GUCUUCUUUCCCUUCUUCUUUUCUUUGUUGACAGAAUUAAAAAGAAAAAGAAGAAGAAGAAAAAGAAAACCAAUAUAAAUAGAUUACAAACAUAAAGACCCCAUUCUUUUGCGGCGAGCAAAAAAUCAAUACAACUUCUUGCUCUUUUCUUUCUCAAUUGUACUCAUAACCUACUUGUCUCAUCUACUCUACUUUUUCUUUUACACAUACACAACUAUGAUUCUUUCAAGAAGAUCAACGACAAUUCAAUUCUUAUUUUUACUUGUCUUUCUGACUUUCAGUUAUAACGUCCGAGCAGAGUAUGUUCGACGUGGGGUAGCUCGUGUCAUGGAUUUCAAUGAAUAUUCGGCUUUUAAUGUAACAGAGGGCAGUGAGCUUGGAAAAAGAGAUAGAGUAACAUGGUAUAAUGGUCAAGAUUUGAAAAAAGCAGCAUGCUUCACUGGUCGUAAUGGAGCUCCAAGAGUAGAUGCACAUGUACACGAUAUGAUCGGUGCUAUGGCAAUGCACGGUUUUGAACAAUGUAAUAAAUGUAUGCGCAUAACCAACAAUCGGGCAAAAAGCAAAAAAGUCGUUGUACAGAUUAUUGACAAAUGCGCGGCUUGUAAAGUUGGAAGUGCUAUUGAUCUGACGCCAGGAGCUUUCAAGAAGCUUGCUCCUGGAGGAGACCUGGGAUUAGGUGUACUUGAUAUUACAUUCAAGCCGGUGAAAUGUCCAACGGGUGGUAUAUUCUCUAAACUGGCCCAUUUACUCUGAUCUGUAGUUAGUAGUACCAGCACAUUAUGCCUCUUUGUCUUUACCAAAAGACAAUUCACAUCACUGGCUCUGAAGGUGCAACAUGUCAACACCUUUUUCACUUGCUAACAAUUGUUUUUUAUCUUUUAAAGUACAUAGCAUCUCUAUUCCCUUUUUCUUUUUUCCUUUCCCUAACCGCUUUGGACAUCUUUGUCGUAAUUGUAAUCAAACGAAUUUUGUUUUCUUAAACUCUGUACACUUUCUCGAGUCGUCGUUAACAUAUACAAAAGAAUAAAAAAAGGAGACAUGACACUGUUUUUAUUAGCAGAGGCGACCCCUUCCUCCUUUUCCUCUUUAUACACAAAAAACACCUUUUUUAUAUAUUUUAUCCUUUCCAUCGUGUGUUACGUUUCAUAAUGCAUGUUUGAAACUGUGCGCAAAGACGCAGAACCUUAAAAUAAAAAAACCAAACUAA